GUGGCAGCUGAGCUGUGGCUCGAUGCAUGUGCCUGCGUAGCACCACCAAGAUAACGUCCCCUCCCAACUUGUUAGCGCCCCUCCCUGCCGUUUAGGGGCAACCUGUGCGGGGUUCAAUUGGCGGGUGGCUCGUCGGCAGGCUCUAUGUGGUGCCGCGCAUAGCGAAGGAAGACGGAGAGGUGGACAAGGCGACGGAUGGGGUAUUCGAGUGCAGUGAUGGCGCAUUGGAGCUUCUGGGGAAGUCUAACGGAGGUCGCGGGAGAGGGAACGUGCAUCCGCCAAGGAAAGUGGGCCUGAGCAGCAGCACGUCGACGAUAACUCGACCCAACACCACGACCUACUGCUGUGUAUAGCAUCGCCAGCAUCACAGCAUACCAGCCGUCAUUCUCCCAGACCAGAACGCACUACUGCCCAUCGAUAGGCGUGCCUGCAAAAUGUCGAAACUUCCCCCGCCGCCCCCGCAAUGGGUGCUCGACCUCAACUCGACGCCCUCCUCGAAGCCCAAGAAUGCGUCUCUCGCCGAUCCACCAGGCUACACCGCGUCCCUAACGCGAAAGGACCGGGCACAGUCGUCCAAGACAGCGCGGAAGGCGCCAUCAGCCGAGGACAUGGACACGCUGAAGAUGAAGAAGGCCUGGGAAGUCGCCAUUGCGCCCGCUAAGCAGCUGCCCAUGAACGCUUUUGGAAUGUACAUGACGGGCAACACGCUCCAGAUCUUCUCCAUCUUCAUGGUAUUCACACUCUUCAAAACGCCCGUCAUGGCCGUCAUCGGCCUGCAACGCACAUUCGCUCCCUUCGAGACGCCAGGGACAUCAAGCCGCCUACUUGGCGUCAAGAUUGUAUACAUUCUGUGCAACCUGCUCAUGUUGGCUUUGGGAAUCUGGAAGGUGAACGGGAUGGGACUACUACCGACAACGAGGUCAGACUGGCUGGCGUGGGAGAGCGAGAGGACGUGGUCAGAAAGAGCGGUGCCGCAAGAGUGGUUAUAGAUGAUUAUGAUUGUUGUGGAGAGAAGUAAAGAGCGAGAUGUCGCACAGCUAUACCCGCCAAAGCUGGAAAUGAAGCUUUCUGGCCUACCCCUGGCAUCUCCUCUCGUGGCACCUCAUCUUCUCUCGUGUUUCCUCCCAUAUGUCCUCCCUCAAUGCCCCCACCUUAUAUACCCCAAAAGAGCGAAGGAUAACGCAUGUUCCUUGAGUCGCUCCUUGUCUCGUCAUCUGCCAUCUCUACGCCGCUCAUUUCAGUGUCAUUCA